UUCUUCCUCCCUCCCUCCCCUCCAUCUCCAAAAAGAUAACAUUUUUUGUCACUAUUUCCCAAAACCUAAUUCCCUUCUUUCUUUUCUUCCUAUUUAUACCCCUCCCCAUGCCCGCCUCCCUCUCCCCUCUCAUCCCCACUCUCCCUAAUCCUUUCUCUCCUCACCAUGCUAUAGCCUCCCUUACCGUAUAUACAAAUUCUUUUGAUUCUUUCUUGCUACAUUUGGUUUCUUCUUCUCGCUAUGGCUGUUGCGUACCGCCAUUUUGCCGCUUCGGAGAAGCGGAAGACGGUGGAGCCGCCGGCGCCGCAGAUUUCGCCGGUUUUGCUGAGCCAGGAUGAGUUGAAGAAGCUGGCGGCGUAUAAGGCGGUGGAGUAUGUUGAGUCGGGUAUGGUGGUCGGGUUGGGGACCGGGUCGACGGCCAAGCACGCCGUGGACCGAAUCGGGGAGCUUUUGCGAUUGGGGAAGCUGGAGAAGAUUGUGGGGAUACCGACUUCCAAGGCGACUCACGCGCAGGCGGUGGCGCUUGGGAUUCCCUUGUCGGAUUUGAACGCGCACCCGAUUCUGGAUCUGGCCAUCGACGGCGCCGACGAGGUGGACCCGCACAUGAACCUGGUGAAGGGCCGGGGCGGGUCGCUGCUCCGGGAGAAAAUGGUGGAGGCGGCGUCCAAGAAAUUCGUCGUGAUUGUCGACGAAUCGAAGCUCGUCGGGCAUUUAGGCGGCAGCGGGUUAGCCAUGCCGGUGGAAAUCGUGCCCUUCUGCUGGGAAUUUACCCUAAAAAGACUCGAGAUGCUGUUCAUGGAAGCCGGCUGUGUGGGCCGGCUAAGAACCGCCGCCGGCGAUUCCAAUCAGCCUUUCGUCACUGACAAUGGCAAUUACAUCAUCGAUUUGUAUUUCAAGAAGGACAUGGGCGAUUUGAAGGCCGCUAGCGAUGCGAUCUUGAGGCUCGCCGGUGUGGUUGAGCACGGCAUGUUUCUUGACAUGGCUACCACCGUGAUUGUGGCCGGAAAGCUCGGUGUUACAGUUACAAACCAAGUAGGAAAUUAAUGCUAAUUGGAGCUAGAAUUUCAUAGUUUUGCUAAUAUACUCCAUAAUCUUAAUCUUAAUUUAGUCUUUGCUUUCAUAUGGGCAAUCUCCCUAUAUUAUGUACCUGGCAAAGAUUGGUGCUUUUUGCAUCAACUCAUACAUUUAACUAGUUAAUUUUAUCACUUAAAAAGUUCUGGAAUUCC